UAGUGGAUCUUGGUAAUUUCCCCUGUUUUUCAAACCCGAAGCCCCAAGGGCCUAGGCUGACCGCUUUCACAGGUGUAUAGAUUCAGUCUAUUGGAGAAGGUAUACUUAACAAGUUUUGAUGGCAGCUUCGGUUCUAAAUUUUCAAAUAAUUCCACCUUUCCAACGCCUGCAACUCGUAUCACCACAUACGGUUAAUUUCCCAACAGCAACCCGUAAGUGCGACCCGAAAUCCGGUGCUCCUAAGAUGUUUCGUGUGAAGCCCCUUGCCGUUCCUGAAUUAGGGCUUCAGGGAGCUGUUUCAGGAGUUAUUGAUUUAAUCAAUGCCUCACCCCCAACAUGGAAGUCUUCUUUCUUCAGUAAUCUCCUCAUAUUCACAGUGGGUUCUCCGAUUCUCGUUUCCGGUCUAUCACUUUCAGGAAUUGGGUCUGCUUUCUUGCUGGGUACUUUGACAUGGCGGGCUUUUGGUCCUUCUGGGUUUUUGCUAGUAGCCACGUAUUUUGUCGUUGGCACAGCGGUGACAAAAUUGAAAAUGGCGCAGAAGGAGGCUCAGGGGGUGGCUGAGAAGAAGAAAGGAAGGAGAGGCCCUGGCAGUGUUAUCGGUUCCAGUGCUGCUGGCUGCGUUUGUGCUUAUCUAUCAAUAUUUGGAAUCGGUGGUUCAGCAUUUGCUGGACUGUGGCAACUUGGAUUUGUGGCGAGUUUCUGCACUAAGUUGAGCGAUACGGUUUCCAGCGAGGUCGGGAAGGCAUAUGGGAAGACAACGUAUCUUGUUACAACAUUUAAGGUAGUUCCUAGAGGAACAGAAGGGGCUGUGAGCGUGGAGGGAACCAUUGCUGGACUUCUAGCUUCAAUUCUCCUGGCAUCCGUUGGCUGUGUCAUGGGCAAGAUAAAUGUACCUGAAGCUGUAAUUUGUGUGAUGGCUUCCCAAAUUGCAAAUCUUGGGGAGAGUGUAAUAGGUGCUGUACUGCAAGAUAAGGAAGGAUUUCGAUGGCUCAAUAAUGACGCUGUUAAUGUAAUUAACAUUUCUAUUGGCAGUGUUUUGGCCAUCUUGAUGCAACAGCUGAUGCUUAGGAAUUGGCAUCACUAAGUUAUCGGCAAAAUAACUUGAUUCAUCAAUGCCAGUUAGUUCCUUUGAAGCACAGGCAUCUGAUUUUUUCUCUGCCAUCAGUCCUGAAUAUUUAUUACAUUAUUUAUACUGCUGUAAUCUACUAGAUGGUGAAGCAGAGAAAAAGGCAUAUGGAAUUCUUUCAAAAGAGAUUUUAGAAAAUUCUCUAGGAAAAUAAUUGUUGUAUCUCAUGGAAGUUGAGAUUGGGGAAUACAGAAGAGGUUGAAGAGAGCAAUGCAAUUUUUUUUUCUGAUUUAUUUAUAUUUGGAAA